UCUUCAGUUCAAGUGUUUCCUCAUUCCACAAGAGAACAUUACACAGCUUAUAGCUAGUCGAUCGAUAGCAAGGAUCGCCUUUGCUUUGUGUGAUCGUAACUCCCAAGAAUGACAACUCAGUACAAGACACUCAGCCUUCCAGUGUCUUCUACUUAUUACAACGGCCGCUUGGAUUAUGGCCAUCAGGAUCUGGAGUCAGAUCAGCUUAGACGCUUCUUCUCGGGAGAAGAUGAAAAUAUUUUUGGUAUCGCCAUUGUGCGAUUACCUGUUUCCAGACAAAUGGUGUACUACCGAACCGUCUGCCUUAUUACCGCACUUCAGUGUUUCCUCAUAGCAGCUGCCACAACCGCCGCUUUAUAUGUUGGAGAUGCCUUUGAUUGGAUACAAAAGAGUAAAUGGGUUUGGUGGAUGCCACUGGUACCCCUUGCUUUGAUAACAAUCUUCACAGGAUGGCAGCUAUGGUUAAACUAUCGACGGUUGUCAACACGAUUCCGUACAUGGACAUUGGUGUUCUUUUCGCUACUAUUUACUGUAAUUGUUUCUGCACUAUUAUCCAAAUUUUAUUAUGAUAUUGGGUAUUUAUCCAAUUUACUUACUGUGACCGGCCUACUUGGCGGAGCCUUAUAUACCUUACAAAGCAAGUGGUUGUUUAGUGGAGUCGCUCCCAUAGUUUGCAUUUACGCGACCAUCUUCUUCGCAGCUCCCUUGUUCGUCACCUUGUUUUCAUUGAACUCAACAUCGGAGAUUCUUAUUCCAAUGUUCAUCUCUAGUGUGAUAUGCACAUAUGUCGUCCUCGAGAUGUAUUACAUGCGACAAGAAAUGACUGAAGAAGACUGCAUUUUGACCAAUAUUAGCUUUUACAUUGAUUUUGCAUACCCCAUGCGCUGCUUACACCAUGUUUGCGAGCUUACUGAAGGCGUAAAUAUUGCUGGCGGCUUUGUAGACGACGAUAUAUAAAUUACUCUAUAUUAUCUUUUAUACCACAAAACAAAUUAAAAUUGUUCAAACCCUGCCAUCCCAUCGUCUGAACA